AUGUUCGGCAUGCCACUUGCACUUAUCGACGAAGCCGGCAAAGUCGCAGCUGAACUUGCUCGGGAUUGGCGCGAAAUCGUGGCCGGCAGUGAGGGAUACGUGACGGACCCUAGGAGAGCAGGGCUGCACCGACAACCUAUCGUGUGGGGCGAUAUGGACAGUAUGGGCCACGUCAAUAAUGUCCAAUAUGUGCGAUGGGCAGAGAGCGGACGCUGCAACUGGACGAGAAAGUAUGGCAUGGUCGAUCCCACCAACAAACAGUUGUGGGAGGAGAUUCUCACCCCACGCAAUGUCGGCUUAAUCCUUAAAAGCAUCAAGGUCGACUUCAAGUUCCCGAUGCUGUGGCCGGAUAGGAUCUUCGUUUAUCACAAGCUGCAGGCCAAGCCUAACGAGGAGACGGCAACCAUGCUACUGGAUGUCAUGAUCUUAUCCGAAGCCAAACAGCGGCCGGCGGCGAAAUGUCUGGAAGAUGUGGUGGUGUAUGACUACAAGGCGGCGGCGAAAACAUCUUUGCCACCCUUCAUGCUUGAGCAGUUCCGGCAUACAUGGAGCCUGCAGGAGAGCGCGAAGGAGAAGGCCUUAGCUCAAGUCAAUCGAAUUGAGGAGCAAAUUCGCCAUCUCGAAAAGUCCAGCUGGGACAGGCCAGACGCAAAGGAAGACUUUGGAGGCAGUAGCCCAUGA